UUCGCGGCUGCGAAGCUUCAAUGGCAGCUGCGACUUAAAGGUCACUUGGUAUCCUUCGUACUUCACAUAAGUAUGAACACGUGAUAGUCCCACCACUCCAAACGGGUCAGAAGCAUUCGAUCAAAGUUUCUUGCAUCAAAGACGGGAAGAUCAGACGUCAACUAACAAAAUGGAGAACAACAGUGUGUUUUUGGGCCAAACUGUGGACGGGGCUAGUGGAACUGCAGACCCCCUAUAUGGGUCCACAAUGCUAUUACGCAGUUGGCUUGCAAAACUGUAUAGAGUAUGAGACUCCACAAGCUAGCUGCAUACUAGCCUUGUGGAGCUGCAUAGAGGCCUUGCAAUGUCAUAAGGCCAUUGCGCGAAUUGGUUGGCAGUUUCGUAAGAAAUUCAUGUAUCCCAUAUUGCUAACUUAUGGGGGUUUUUCACAUCUUCCAAGGCUAUGAAAGGAUGUGUAGAAGGAGCUUCCAAACCAUCAAGUUCUCAUUGAAUUUUCAUCAAACAUCGAUUCUUUGUCAACAAUGAUCAUCAAGCGGUGUCAAGCAAGGUAGUUUAUGACUAGGAGCUCUAAUCCUAAUCUUACAGAGCCUUUACCUGAACCCGAGCACUCUCUUAGAUUGCUAAGGAGGCGUAUGCAGGCAGUAGAGGAGGAGAUUGAAGCAGAGAUUCCUGUUCGUGAAACUAGUGAGAUGGAGAAUCACAAUGCAAAUGGAGGUAAUGAUGAAAGGACCAUGUACGAAUUUGCUAGGCCCUCUCUAGCAGGGACGCAAACUGGGAUACUGAGGCCUCUCGUGGUGGCCAAUAAUUUUGAAAUAAAGCCGAAUGUAAUCUAGAUGAUCCAGAAUACGGUGCAAUUUGGAGGAUUGGCGAGCGAAGAUCCGAACGAGCAUAUCGCCAACUUUUUAGAAAUAUGUGAUACCUUUAAGAUUAAUGGAACAACUGAUGAUGCCAUACGGUUGAGGCUGUUUCCUUUUUCCUUGAGGGAUAGAGCGAAAAGAUGGCUGCAGUCCUUGCCACCGAAAACGAUCACUACCUGGACUUCUUUGGCUGAAAAUUUUUUGAAUAAGUAUUUUCCUCCUGCUAAGACUGCUCAAAUGCGAAAUAACAUAUCUUCUUUUGUGUAGGGUGAAGGAGAAUCGAUGUACGAAGUUUGGGAGUGCUUCAAGGACUUGUUAAGGUGUUGCCCACACCAUGGUCUUCCUCUCUGGAUGCAAGUGCAGACAUUCUAUAGUGGCAUGAAUACAACCACUAGACAAAUGGUAGAUGCAGCUGCAGGGGAGCUAUCAAUAGCAAAACACCUGAGCAAGCCUAGGAUUUGAUAGAAGAGAUGGCCACCAACACUUAUCAAUGGCAAACUCCAUGGGCUAGAGGUCCAAAGCCUGUUGUAUAUCGGGCUGAGGCAGAUCCUACAGCCGCCUUGGCGGCACAAGUAGAGCUACUUUCCAAAAAGAUAUAACAACUUCCGAUGCCGGUCCAAGCAGUUCAGCCCGGAUGUGAAUUCUAUGGUGGACCACAUUACAGUGCUAAUUGUAAAGCGGGAGGUAUGUUUGCAUCUUCUAUGCCUACUAAUGUUUCUAAUAUUGAGCAUGUUGAUUAUGCAGGUAGGCAGCAUAAUGAUCCUUACAGCAAUACAUAUAACCCAGGGUGGAGGAAUCAUCCUAAUUUUGGAUGGAGGAAUUCCAAUAACCAAGGUCACAGGAUAUCAGAGGUUACAUCCGCAACAACCUAUGCAUUCUGUUCCCCAUCAACCAGGAGGUAGUCAAGAGAAGAAACCUAACUUGGAAGAGUUGAUGACGAAGUUCAUUGCAACUGCAGAGAACAUAUUUCAACAAACGGACACUGCCAUUCGGAAUCAACAAGCUUCAAUUCAGAACUUAGAAACUCAAAUUGGGCAGUUGUCUAGGAUGAUAGCUGAGAGGCAGCCAGGCACGCUUCCAAGUAACACAGAGUCUAAUCUAAGGGAGCAUGCCAAAGCAAUUACUUUGAGAUCAGGUAAGAAACUUCCUAGUCCAUCUAAGCCUUUCAUUAAUGAUGAUUCUGAUGUGCAGGUGGAUGAGUCGAAAAAGAAAGACAAGCCUGAGGAGAAAGAAAAGGGAGCAGUUGAAGAGAAGGAGGAUUUGAAGAAGAUCCCCUCGAGGCCAUACCAACCUCCCAUCCCAUAUCCUACAAAACUCAAGCACGAUAAAGUUGAUCAGCAAUUCGGUAAAUUUUUAGAUCUUUUUAAACAAUUGCAGAUUAACUUGCCUUUUGUUGAAACUAUUUUGCAGAUGCCAAAGUAUGCGAAGUUUUUAAAAGAAAUUCUAAGCAACGAGAGGAAGUUAGAGGAUUUGGGAUUGGUGACCUUGAAUGCAGAAUGCUCAGCAGUAUUUUAGAGCUAGUUCCAGUCAAACGACGCGAUCCAAGGAGUCUUACUAUACCUUGUUUGAAUGGGGAUAAAUUGAAAUUGCUAGCAUUAGCUGAUUUGGGAGCUAGCAUCAAUUUGAUGCCUAGUUCAUUGUUUGAGGAGUUAGGACUAAGCACUUCUAAGCUAACUCCUACCAGGAUGAGUAUACAACUAGCAGACAGAACUGUUAAGUACCCGAAAGGGAUUAUAAAGGAUGUGCUAGUUAAAGUUAACAAAUUUAUAUUUCCUGUGGAUUUUGUUGUCAUGGAUAUGAAUGGUGAGAGUGAUGUCCCAUUGAUCCUAGGUAGACCAUUUUUAGCUACAUCUAAAGCUUUGAUAGAUGUUAGUAGCGGAAAGCUGGAACUUAGGGUAGAUGAUGAGAGCAUUACAUUUGAUUUGACUAAAUCCUUGAGAUACCCAUAUGAGCAUGAUGGUACUAUCUGUUUGAUUAAUUUUAUCAAUGAUAUUGUGGAAUCUCAAUUGCAGGAAAUAAUGAUUGAUGAUCCUUUGCAAGUGGCAAUGCAAGAAAAUAAGGAUAAUUUAUCCAAUGAACAAGUGUUGGAGCAGCUAGAGCACUUAUUAGCUGCUGAUGUUAAUGAUGAAAAGACUGAUGGUUUUGUUGAUCUUGACAAGUCAGGAGUAAAGAAGCUGAAGCCUUCUUUGGAGGAGUCGCCCGUUCUUGAGUUGAAAGAGUUGCCAGCGCACUUAAUGUAUGCCUACCUAGAUGAAGCAAAGCACUUACCGGUUAUUAUUUCCGCUCAUCUCACACUUGAGGAGAGGGAGAUGGUGCUGUGUAUUUUGAGAAGGUAUGCAAAGGCAUUUGCGUAUAAGACGACUGACAUACCAGUAAUAAACCCGAGUUACUGCCUUCAUAAGAUUUUGAUGGAGGAUGAGUUUAAACCGGUGGUGCAGCCAUAAAGGCGAUGGAACCCUCAUAUGAAAGAGGUGGUUAAAAAGGAGGUAAUUAAACUUCUUGAUGCAGGUUUAAUUUACCCUAUUUCUGACAGUGCUUGGGUGAGUCCUGUGCAGGUGGUUCCCAAGAAAGGGAGCAUGACGGUGGUGAAAAAUAAAAAGGAGGAGCUGAUCCCUACACGAACGGUAACGGGCUUUCGGGUUUGCAUAGACUACCAACGCUUGAAUGACGUAACCUAAAAGGACCACUUUCCCCUUCCUUUUAUCGAUCAAAUUCUUAAAAGGCUUUCAGGCCAUAAGUAUUAUUGUUUCCUUGACGGUUUUUCUGGUUAUUUUCAGAUUCCUAUAGCACUAGAAGACCAAGAGAAGACGACAUUCACUUGUCCUUAUGGCACUUUUGCCUAUAGGAGGAUGCCGUUUGUCUUGUGUAAUGCGCCUGCGACCUUUCAGCGGUGUAUGAUGGCCAUUUUCCAUGACAUGAUAGAGGAGUCGAUGAAGGUCUUCAUGGAUGAUUUCUCUGUAUUCGGUAACUCCUUUUCCCAUUGUUUGUAAAAUUUGGAAAGGAUGUUAGCUAGGUGUAUUGAAGCUAACCUUGUGUUGAAUUGGGAAAAAUAUCAUUUUAUGGUCCAAGAGGGUAUAAUCUUAGGACAUAAAGUGUCACAUGCAGGGUUGAAAGUAGAUAGAGCUAAAGUAGAAGUUAUAAGUAAACUACCUCCCCCUACUUCGGUUAGGGUUGUUAGAAGUUUCUUAGGGCAUGCAGGGUUCUAUAGAAGGUUCAUUAAGGACUUUUCUAAGAUUGCUAGGCCUUUAACUCAAUUGCUAGUAAAAGAUAUACCUUUUGAAUUUGAUGAUGAUUGUUUAAGAGUUUUUGAGUUAUUAAAGGAAAAACUAACCACGGCUCCCAUCAUGGUUUCUCCUGAUUAGGAGCUGCCCUUUGAGCUUAUAUGCGAUGCUAGUGAUUUUGCAGUUGGAGCUGUUUUAGGCUAGCGCAAGGAGAAGAAAUUCUAGCCUAAUUACUACGCUAGUAAGACGCUUACGGAUGCCUAAGAACACUAUACAACCACAGAGAAGGAGCUCCUAGUUGUCGUGUUCGCUUUUGACAAAUUCCAUUCCUACCUUGUGCUGUCAAAGACAAUUGUUUACACGGAUCAUCCUGCUUUAAGGUAUUUAUUUUCAAAGCAUGAUUCUAAGCCAAGAUUGAUUCGUUGGGUUCUUCUAUUAUAGGAAUUUGACUUGGAAAUUAAGGACAAACGAGGAGCUGAAAAUCUUGCAGCAGACCAUCUUUCUCGAUUAGAGAACCCGCACUUGGAGGAGCUUAAUGAGAAAGAGAUCGAUGACUUCUUUCCGGAUGAGCACCUAUGCUCAAUGCAGGUGGCAAAUGCUAUUCCUUGGUUUUCUGAUUAUGCAAAUUAUUUGGCUGCAAGGGUACUCCCAAAGGGUAUGAUGGGCCAGCAAAAGAAGAAAUUCUUUGCUGACUUGAAGUAUUACAUUUGGGACGACCCCUUCUUGUUUAGAAUUUGUGCAGAUCAAAUUAUUAGGAGGUGUGUAUAUGGGGAGGAGAUCAUUCAAAUUCUCAAGCAUUGUCAUGAGGGAUCGGUUGGUGGACACCAAGCCGCAAACCAUACGGCUAGGAAGGUUAUGGAUGCUGGCUUUUAUUUGCCGACUAUCUUCCAGGAUGCACGAGCAUAUGUCUAGGUUUGUGAUGCAUGCCAACGGUCAGGUAAUAUUUCUGCCCGAGAUGAAAUGCCCCAACAUAGUAUACAAGUGUUGGAAAUUUUUGAUGUUUGGGGCAUUGAUUUUAUGGGUCCUUUUCCUUCUUCGUAUGGAUGCAAGUAUAUAAUAGUGGCUGUUGAAUAUUUUUCUAAAUGGCCUGAGGCACAAGCCUUGCCUACUAAUGAUGCUAGGGUAGUUGUGAGGUUCCUUAAGAGACUAUUCUCUAGGUUUGGAACACCUCGAGCAUUAAUUAGUGAUAGGGGAACCCAUUUCUGUAAUUCUCAACUUGAGAAAGUGCUUAAAAGAUAUGGAGUAUCUCAACGAUUCUCCACGCCUUAUCACCCACAAACGAGUGGGCAAGUAGAGGUUACUAAUAGGGGGCUUAAGCACAUUUUAGAGAAGACUGUAGGAGCCAGUAUGAAAGAUUAGACUACAAAGCUAGAUGAUGCUUUAUGGACAUUUAGAACUGCCUAUAGGACUUCUACAGGGUUCACUCCCUUUAGGCUUGUGUAUGGAAAAGGUUGUCAUUUACCUGUGGAGCUAGAACAUAAAGCGUUAUAGGCACUUAAAUCGUUUAACUUUGAUUUGGAUAGCGCAGGUAAACAAAGGCAGUGGCAAAUAAAUGAGCUAGAGGAGUGGCGUCAACAAGCCUAUGAAAAUUCAACAAUCUACAAGGCGAAGACCAAACAAUGGCAUGACAAGCGAUUGAAAAAUUUGAAGGAGUUUAACGUAGGAGAUAGUGUGUUGUUAUUUAACUCUCGUCCCCGUUUAUUUCCAGGGAAGCUGAAUAGUCGUUGGUCGGGGCCAUUUACAGUGACGCAAGUCUUCCCUUAUGGUGCGGUUGAAGUGCAUCAUCCGGAAAAGGGAAAUUUCAAGGUUAAUGGGUAGAGGUUGUAGGGUCACCAGAUGUGGAGGAGCGUGUGAAUUGGGCGCUCCAUUUUUUAUUCAAAGAAAAGAAUAAAGUCCAGCUUAUGACUUUAAAGAAGUUUGUUUCUUUUAUUUUCGUUUUAAUUCUUUAGUUUUCAUUUUUUUUUCUUUUCAUUUUGGGUAUUAAUUUUUGUUUGAAUUAUGUGAACUUAGGUGAUUAGGUUUUACAGUUGGUUUUUGCUCUUGCAUGUGACACUACUUCCGACCCUCAGAGAACAACCACUCCUCUACCACAGACUAGCCAGUGCCCUGAUAUCCCUAAUGAUGCACCUCUUUUCACCCUGGAGCUAUAGUCAGGGCAGUAUUAUUUC